ACAACCUGAGAUAGGCAUGGCCUUUCUAGCUUUCCCAGCUCAACGCAUGCACUUAAUUCAGGUGGACUCUGUCCAGCGUUGGAUGGAAGACUUGAAGCUUAUGACUGAUUGUGAAUGCAUGUGUGUUCUUCAAUCUAAACCAAUCAGCACAGAAGAAGAUGCUGAAAAUGAAGGUUCCCUUUCAUCACAACACACUGCGUGUGAUAACUUGCAAUUGUUGCUGAAAAGAGCUUGGAUUAUAAGUACUGAAUUGACCAGGAUAGUUCAAAAACUAGAGAAGAACAGAUGGCAGAGAGUCCACAGCAUGACAGUAAGAGUCAACUGCCAUGUCCGUUCAAUGAUAAGCGAAUACAAUACCUUCACAAGGAAUUCUUGGGAUGAAAUGCACCAGUAUGAAAAAGUGUUAGUGGAGAAAUGUUCGGAACUUACUACAGUUACUGAAAGGUGCAUACUGAUUGAAGAUGAGCAGAUAUUAAAGACUAUGAAAACUUGCAUUAAUGAUGCACUAACUACAGUUGCACAGUAUUUUGGCCAACUGAUCGAACUAGCUUUAACACAUGAAAUAAAGAAUCUUGUCAAGGAAAUAAAUUCAUCGGAUAAUCUGUAUUCUGCUGAAUCGGCGACAAACAACUUGUUUAGUCUUACCCAAGAAGGUGCUCAUUUGUGUCGCAUCAUUGCUAAGGAAGGCGCCAUUGUGGCUCUCUUUGAGAUCUGCCGCCAGGAUUGCUUCAGGUGCCUUUAUCCCCAGGUGCUAAGGACGUUGGCAUCUAUAUGCUGCGUAGAAGAAGGAAUCCAACAGCUGGAAAAGGUUGAUGGAAUAUUAUGCUUAGCUGACAUCCUUACGGACAGCACCCACUCCCAAGCUACUCAUGCAGAAGCAGCAGCUGUAAUAGCACAGAUUACAUCUCCUCAGCUCUCCGUUACUGAGCAUCUCAGUAGCUUCCUUGAAAAUAUGGAGGAAAUAGUCACAGCACUUCUCAAACUGUGCCAAGAGGCUACUUCUGGAGAGGUUUUCCUUCUGGCUUCAGCUGCACUUGCCAACAUUACAUUUUUUGACACAAUGGCCUGUGAGAUGUUGCUUCAGUUAAAUGCAGUGAACAUUCUUCUAGCAGCCUGUUGCGACAAACAGAAAGUGGAUACUCCUUAUUCCCGAGAUCAGGUGGUGACGAUAUUAGCCAACAUGUCUGUCCUGGACCCGUGUGCUUCAGAAAUAAUCGAAGGAAAUGGUGUUCAGGUUUUAAUGGAAAUGCUGUUUGAGAAACCGUCGUCUGGGAAUUCAUCAGAACUAGCUGCUUGUGAACGAGUUCAGCAGAAAGCUGCAGUUACACUUGCCCGCCUGAGCCGUGAUCCUGAAGUAGCGCAUGCCGCCAUAAAGCUCAGAUGUAUACCACGCCUCAUAGAGCUCUGCAGGUCUCCUACUGAAAGAAAUAACAGUGAUUCUGUUCUAGUGGCAUGUCUGGCGGCAUUACGGCGACUGGCUGUGAUGAGUCCUGAUGGCCUUCAAGAAUCAGAUUUCCAGCAGCUGGUAAAGCCAAGGCUUGUGGAUUCCUUUCUGCUUUGUACCAAUAUGGAAGAGAGUUUUGUAUAAACAGACAAUGUGGACAAAUAGAGCAAUGU